AUUCUAUUAGUCAAUCGUAUUCAUGUAAAUAAUCCCUCAUUCUACAGACAAAGCAUUAGCUCCUGCAAUGUCUACACCAGCACAAUAUUAUCGAUCAUUACCGCCUGUGAGCAAGUUCUAUGGAGUGGCCUGUCUGAUGACCACAUCCGCCUUGUAUUUUGAUCUUUAUGAUCCCUGGAACAUAGCUCUCUCUUACCAAUAUGUAUUUAAACGUUUCCAGGUUUGGAGGCUCAUCUCCAACUUUUUCUUCCUCGGGUCGUUUUCGCCCAUUUUUGCCGUCCGUCUUAUAAUGAUAGCAAGAUAUGGUGUGUUACUAGAAAGAGGGGCCUUCGACAAGAGGACUGCAGAUUAUGUCUGGAUGUUGAUCUUUGGAGCAUUAUCACUUUUGGUGAUGGCUGCCAUUCCAUUUCUAUGGACACCUUUCAUGGCCGGUUCCCUGGUUUUCAUGAUUGUCUACGUUUGGAGCCGAGAGAACCCGAAUGCGCGGAUCAGCAUCUAUGGCGUCGUAACAUUGAAGGGAUUUUACCUACCAUGGGCAUUGCUAGCUUUGGAUCUGAUAUUUGGGAUUCCAUUAACGGAAGAUAUCAUAGGGAUGGUUGCAGGGCAUCUGUAUUACUUUUUAACAGUGCUUCACCCUCUUGCUGGUGGCAAAUAUGUUCUCAAGACCCCUCUUUGGGUUCACAAAAUAGUAGCACAUUGGGGGGAGGGAAUCCAAGUUAAUUCUUCGGUGCAGCCCAAUCCGAAUGCCGGAGUUGCCUUCCGAGGAAGAAGCUACAGACUCAACGGCAACCGAGCACAAUCGAGUACGACUCCAUCAGAGCAGGAGCAGCCGAACCAGGCAAGUAAUUCAGGCGAUGGUGUUGCAUUUCGGGGGAAAAGUCACCGUCUAGGUCAUUAACUAUGGACCGUAUCUUAAUACUAUACAAGGUUUUAUGAUAUGAUAUGAAUGAAUUUCCUUGAAUUUGUAGCCUUAU